UCAAAUUAUUGGUGGGGAGAAGAUGGGAAGACUGGAUCUAGGUGUAUUUAUUAGUUCAAUCACCCCUGGAGGACCAGCUGACUUGGAUGGAUGCUUAAAGCCAGGAGACCGUUUGAUAUCUGUGAAUAGUGUUAGUCUCGAGGGGGUCAGCCACCAUGCUGCAAUUGAAAUUUUGCAAAAUGCACCUGAAGACGUGACACUUGUUAUCUCUCAGCCAAAAGAGAAGAUACCCAAAGGGCCUUCUACUCCUGUGCACAUUGCCAAUGGCAUGAAAAACUACAUGAAGAAACCUUCCUUCCUUCAAGACAGUGCUAUAGAUUCUUCCGUAGAUCACUGCUGGCCACAUGGUACCGCAAGGCACAUCUCAGAGAGCUCCUUUGGGCUGUCUGGGGGCCUGCGGGAAGGAAGCCUGAGUUCUCAGGAUUCCAGGACUGAAAGCGCCAGCUUGUCCCAGAGCCAGGUCAAUGGUUUCUUUGCCAGCCCUGUAGGUGACCGAACCUGGCGGGAAUCACAGCACGGCAGCCCUUCCCCUUCCGUGAUAUCCAAGACCACUGAGAAGAAGAGGACUUCUACUGACAGUAAUCGAAGCAAAACUAAAAAAACAGGCAUUUCUGAUGCAACAGAUUACUCUGACCGUGGAGAUUCAGACAUGGAUGAAGCUACUUAUUCCAGCAGUCAGGAUCAUCAUACACCAAAAAAGGAAUCUUCCUCCUCAAUGAAUACAUCCAACAAAAUGAAUUUUAAAACUUUUCCUUCAUCACCUCCUAAACCUGGAGAUAUCUUUGAGGUUGAACUGGCUAAAAAUGAUAACAGCUUGGGGAUAAGUGUCACGGGAGGUGUGAAUACCAGUGUCCGACAUGGUGGCAUUUAUGUGAAAGCCGUUAUUCCCAAGGGAGCAGCUGAGUCCGAUGGUAGAAUUCACAAAG